GAUCUGGGAUCAGCAUCCCGUUCGUCGCAUAGAAUGGCCCUUUGUCUUCUAAUUCUGCAUGAGGGCGUUUCGUCGGUCGCUUCGAAGCCUUACUCGAAGCCUUACUCGCCAUGGUGCUGCUGUUGACGGACGAAGAAGAGGCGGGUAUCUGUUCGACGGACACAGGUCGCGAAGAGGACGAUGAAUCGAACAGUAGAUUUCCGUCGCUCGCAGCCUUUUUCUGUGUGGGUAUUUUAAUGCGAUGGCCGCGACCAGUUUUCCUGGUGUUGGCGCCAUGUUCUCAGGACAAGAUUAUACACGGUAGCUUUAUGCUUUGGGGUGAUAAUGCGAAGUAUCAGUGGUGUGAUUUGGUACUUUGUCAAUCAAUGCCGCUGAUGAAGCACGAGAACAACAUGGUCGGAAGGUUGUGCAGCAGUGAAUGUCUCCAUGGCAGCAUCGCAUGGCAACAGGUGCUCUUGCACCAUGCGAAAUGCAUCAAGGGAGAAGAGCAGGAGAUUGAUAGUUCACAUAGAUCAAGAACGAUAGCGCGCAACACAGUAGCUGUUGCUGUUGCUGUUGCUAUUGCUAUUGCUCGUGGUCUGUGGCAUUCAUAUCGUACUGCCGCCGCCUCCGCACGAUGUGGUAGAUUCGAGACAUGACCACCUGUCUCGGUCAUCG